UCCGCGCGCUGCCUGCGGUCUGUACACCGUGCUUCACCGGGAAACACAGCGACACAGGGAGGGCACACCGGAGAGACUCCACUGCACCUGACCGGCACGUAGUGUGGAUUUACGGAGCGGAGACCCGGACGCUGCUGCGCCAGACAGCCGCUCACUUCUGUCCGAGAUCAAGGUUGUCGGGGUGACCAGCUCAACCAGGCUGCUGUGGGCCGGUCGGCCUGUUACCAAGGUAACGCUCGAUGGUCAGAGGUCAGUGAAGGUUCCAGUGGGUGGAGAUGAUGUCCAUGCAAAUGAGUGAGGCGGACAGUGUGGUAAAGGUGGCAGAAUGGCAGCAGACCUACUAUGCUUCAGACUCGGGAAUCCAGUCAGGAGCAACCACAGUCCUGGACGACGAGAGCAGCACUGAGUACAGCGGCCGGAAGAAGUACACGGGUACUGCAAACAGUACUACCACUGCUCCUGCUACUGCCACCUCCGGGGGAGGAGACCCUGCCGCUGGGGGCCUAGAGAGCCCUACUGAUUUAGAGUCUCAGUACUCUCUAACCCGGGCUCAGCGUGUCAGGGCGGCCAUGUUUCCAGAGACCCUGGUAGAGGGGGAGGCCGCCAUGCCUGUCCAAUCAGAUCCUUCACAACAGAGCAACGUGCAACGUCUUGCUGAACCCUCUCACCUGCUGAAGACGGCUAUAGUCCACUUGAUAAACUACCAGGAUGACGCAGAGCUGGCCACCCGGGCCGUACCAGAGCUCACCAAGCUGCUGGGCGACGAUGACCCGGUUGUGGUGAACAAAGCAGCCAUGAUAGUCAACCAGCUGACUCGUAAGGAGGCCAGUCGGAGGGUGCUGGUUCAGUCUCCCACCCUUGUAGGUGCUGUGGUGCGCGCCAUGACAACAGCAGCUGACAUGGAGACAGCCCGUUGCGCGGCAAGCGUGCUGCACAGCCUGUCGCACCAGAGGGAGGGACUGCUCGCCAUAUUCAAGUCUGGAGGGAUACCAGCACUGGUCCGCAUGCUGAGCUCACCGGUGGAAUCAGUCUUGUUCUAUGCCAUCACGACCCUCCACAACCUGCUGCUGCACCAAGAGGGGGCCAAGAUGGCGGUGCGUCUGGCUGAUGGCCUGCAGAGGAUGGUUCCAUUACUGAAAAAGAGUAACCCCAAAUUCCUGGCCAUCACCACCGACUGUCUGCAGCUCUUGUCUUACGGCAACCAGGAGAGCAAGCUAAUCAUCCUAGCCAACGGGGGCCCUGAGGGUCUGGUGUACAUCACAAGGAACUACAACUAUGAGAAGCUACUGUGGACCAGCAGUCGUGUUCUCAAAGUGCUUUCUGUCUGUCCCAGCAACAAGCCAGCGAUCGUAGAGGCUGGAGGGAUGCAGGCUUUGGGCCAGCAUCUCACAGGCUCCAGUCAGCGUCUGAUCCAGAACUGUCUGUGGACGCUCCGCAAUCUGUCCGACGCUGCAACCAAACAGGAGGGAUUGGACGGUCUGCUGCAGAUACUGGUCACCCAGCUGGGCUCAGACGACGUCAACAUGUUGACAUGCGCAACUGGCAUCCUGUCCAACCUCACCUGCAAUAACUCACGCAACAAGACCCUGGUGACACAGUUUGGAGGAGUGGAGGCGUUGAUCCACGCCGUGCUUCGUGCCGGGGAAAAGGAAGAUGUUGCUGAGCCGGCGGUCUGCGCCCUGCGUCACCUCACCUCUCGCCAUCAGGACGCAGAGCUGGCCCAGAAUGCUGUGCGGCUGCACUACGGCAUCCCAGCGGUCGUGAAGCUGCUGGGCCAGCCGCACUACUGGCCGGUGGUUAAGGCGACUGUGGGUCUGAUCCGGAAUCUGGCACUCUGCCCGGCAAAUCAGGCGUCACUGAGGGAGGCAGGUGCAAUUCCACGAUUGGUCAACCUGCUGCUGAAGGCUCACCAGGACACACAGAGACACGCCUCCUCCGCCCAGCAGACAUACCAGGAUGGUGUUCGUAUGGAGGAAAUAGUGGAGGGCUGUGCAGGAGCGCUUCACAUUCUGGCCAGAGACCCAAUAAACAGAGGAGAGAUUGCCAGCAUGCAGACCAUACCACUGUUUGUACAGCUGCUGUACUCGUAUGUGGAAAACGUAAAGCGGGUUUCAGCGGGCGUCCUGUGUGAGCUGGCUCUGGAUAAACAGUCUGCAGAGCUGAUCGAUGCAGAGGGAGCGUCAGCACCGCUCAUGGAGCUGCUGCACUCCAACAACGAGGGAAUCGCCACCUACGCUGCUGCCGUGCUCUUCCGUAUAUCGGAGGACAAGAGUUCAGACUACAGGAAGAGAGUAUCAGUGGAGCUCACACACUCGCUCUUCAAACAUGACCCUGCAGCCUGGGAAAUAGCCCAUACGGUCGUCCCUCUGGAGCCUACAUAUCUAGCUGAUGAGUUAGAUGGAUCUUACCCUGCUUAUGGCUACACUGAUCUGCCUCUGGACAGCCUGCCACUAGAUCCUGACCUCCACGAGACCUACAUCCCUGACAUGACGUACGACCCAAGACAGGCCUACCCAGAACCACUCUAACAGGAGAAUGACUAUGAAAGAAAAUGAAGGAAGGAGCAAAUCACAGGAAGAAAGACUAGAGGAAUGGAAUGAGGAAGGAGUUGGAGAUUUGAACUUUAAAGGCAAUCAGCCCUAUCCACAAGUGGAAAAAUACCAUUUGUCAAUCAAGAAGAUUUAAAAGAGGUUGCUUAAUAAAAAGAGGUUUAUUGUUGCUGUAAAUGAAAAAUGUAACUUUGUUAUAAUGUUUUACUGUGGGGUGGAAGUAGGGGGUUGUCUGAAGUUUUGAGACAGAGUUACACGGGUAACGUUUUAAAACAGUUAAAUCAGGCAAGUAUUCUUUUUAUUGUGUGACAUACAGGAAAAUAGGAGGGGUUUAACCAAAACAUCAGCUAAUAAUCCUUAACAAAUAUUUUUGCAUUUCAUCUGUAAAGAGUUUCCUAGUUAGAGAGAAUUUGAACUUGCUGAAAGGUUACAACACCGAGGUAAGUGUGACAUCGAUGAUGCCUGUUAGAAUAUUAGUGUUGUUUCCCGCCUACGGAUACCUCAUUGGAAACACCCAUAUUAGUCGUAAGACGUUCAAUUUACAUUUAAGUUAUAUAUACCCUAGUUUACUUUUUUACAGACGUCACCAACACAUUUACUAUGAAAACUCUGAGCAUCGCUGAGAUGUUUGCCAGCAUAUCAUGCACUGUUUCUGUUUACAGCAGGGGUGUCCAAACUACGGCCUGGGGGCCCAAUGUGGCCUGCAGGCCAUUUUGAAUCGGCCCUCAGCUAAUUCUAAAAGUACAAUGGAAUAUGGCCCACAAAUUCAUCUUUUGCUUGUCUUAUAUUGUACUUCUCAAAUAUAUAUGUUAAAAUAUAUUAAUGAGCCCAAUUUUCAAUUUAAAAUUUAAAACAUUUUCUAACAAAUCUUAGUUAAUAAAAAAAGCCCAAUCUUCAUAUUAACUCUUAUUAUCAGCAAUCUGAGGCUUCUGUUUUAAGGAAUAAGCUGCCAACAAAAGACAGGGUGUAGGCUGUUUUUUCUUAAAGCAUUUUAAAGUGUCACAGAUUAUUCACCUACAUUUGAUUGAUUUUGCUAAUAAUUAACUUAUGAGGCAAUAUUCACCUCUGCAAGUGGCCCUGCUCCCUGUAUAUUUUUCUGUAUGUGGCCCUCGGUGAACAUUUUGGACACCCCUGGUUUACAGGGUUAGAUUUUGUCCCUGAUGGGCAUUACUGCCAAUCACCAUUGCUACCAAAUGCUACCCGUGUAUCCUAGCCUUCAGCUGCUGUCUCUUAAAUGUCUCCUCUGUGUAUUUGAACAGUGCACAUUUCCCAGGGUGUCCAUGUGUGGUUGUUGCAUGGUAGUAUUGUGUACGCAUUUAAAUAUUCUUCACCUUUACAUACUGAAAAAAAUAGACAUCUGGAGUUUGGAUUGCUCGGGACCUUUGGAAAACCUGUGAGGGAAACCAGAGAGGACUUCAAAUGCGCUGAGUGGAUAUUCUGUUCAAAUGUCCACAGCAAAUCGCUUUGGCAUCUUCUGCAUAAGACUACAUAUCCUGUCAUGUUCCACUCAGAGUCUCAGUGGAAAUGGACUACAGCUCAGUGUGUGCACUGUGGGUGCCAUGGAGCACAAUGCAGAGUAAAUAUAUGGUACCUGCACCGUGCUUACACAUACAGUAAUGACAAAUGACCUUUGAAGGAGGGACGCGUAUUAUAGACAUUUGUGGAUGACUGUAUGUCACUGUCAAUGGAGAGAUGUGGGCUGUUCUAAUAUAACAUAAAUAAUACUUGCUGCUGCUCACAGCAUGUAUUAAAGAUCCAGAUUAGUUGCAGAAUCUUUUUCUACCUAGCCAUCAUAUCUUAAUACAGUGUACAUGGUAUGCAUUCAAACUUGGACAAGUGCAGAUGUGAAAAACGCUCCAGGGGAAACCGUGCUUACAGGCUGCUGUGAUUGGUUGCAAUACCAACAACAGCAGCCUGAUAUGUUAAGAAAGCACAAUUACAAUGACUUAAAUAUUGCUAAGGCAAUCUAUCACACUGUUGCUGAAUCUGAAUAUCAUUAAAUUCUAUUGUUUUCAACGG